UUUCUCAUUUUUCGUUAUGUUGGCAAUAACAACUAUGUUUGUUUCUACUACAACUGCAUAAUAUCAUUCUCUUUUAUCACUAUCGCACGAUAUCUAGAAAUUCACGAUUAUCGAGUUAUCGACGAAAAUUGAUUUACUGAUUUGAAUUGCUUACACUUACAAUUUCUGGUCGAACCACUUCCUGCCGGGGUAACAGAUGCAUUAGUGCAAGGACUGCAAACGUGUACGUGCAUAAACGUACCUACGAUGGAAGAAGACAGAGAUAAGUCGCCAGAAGACAAUAUCCCUUUGGCGGACGAUGAUCCUCAAGCCAUUAUCCACGAUGACCAAGACAUAUCUCAAUGUUCCGACGUCAUUGUACGCAAUCAAAGUAUGGAUUCAUUACAAUCAUCGUUUACUAACGGUAGUAAUAGUCCAAGCAGAAACAGUUUAGAUCGUGAUAUGAGUCCAGAUGAAUUGGAAGAAAAAGCCAGGCUAAUUACCCAAGUUUUAGAACUACAAAACACAUUGGAUGAUUUAUCUCAACGUGUGGAUAGUGUUAAAGAAGAAAAUUUGAAACUACGAUCUGAAAAUCAAGUUCUUGGCCAAUAUAUUGAAAAUCUUAUGUCGGCUUCUAGUGUAUUCCAGACUACUUCUCCAAGAGUGAAAAAGAAAUGAAUAAUAGAGUAUUUUUGUUUAUUUGCUGCCAUAAACAAUGCAAAUUAAUUAAACUUAAAUGGUUAAAAUACGCACAAAGCUUUAUCUGCUUUAACUUCCAAUCUAUAACAUUACAUAAACUAACUGUUUUUAAAAGUUAUUAAUUUAUUUAUGCUAUUUAAUUUAUAAAAUCUAAGUUAACAUUUUUUUUAUUACAGUGACAUCAAUACUCUACAUGUUAAAACUAAUAAUUUAUUGACAAAGUUUAUUUUUUAUCUUAUUCUCAUUUUAUCUAAAUAAUUGUAAAAUUGAAUCUAUUUUAUUUAUGUUAAACAUAUUGUUUUAUCUUAAUUUUUUUUAGAUUGUAACACUUUACAUAUUAUGUUAUUUUAGUUCUUACAUUCCAUUCAUACUUCAGUUUAUUGUUGUGAAAAUGAUUUUAUUUUUUUGUAAUUUCUUAUUAUUAAGUUUUUACAAAUAGCAUUAGCUAUUAAAAAUAAAGUAUGUAUCUCAUUAUCAGUA